AUACAACAUCCAUUCACCUGACCAGAAGGUGCUCGUGCGACUCGCUGGCUUUAGUUUUAACAGGUGUUUUAUACGCUGCACACACACCGGCAAAUUUUACACUCACAGAUUAUAUUUUUUCUCGUGCUGCGGAGCGGUGCGGGAAAGAUAUUUUUUCAAACUGCAUUUGGAAACAUUCGUCGAUAGAGUUUUGAUAGUUUGGACGUAUCUUGAGAUUUUGGAUAUAGUUUUAGAUUUCCUUAGUUUCGGUGCAAUAGACAGACUUUCUCAAACUCUUUAUCAAUAUUUGUUUUUGACGUGGUUUUGAAAAAUAAAAAAUUUCGCCUAAUUCUGAUUGUGACUUGAUUGUUUCAUGUGAUUAUGUUUUGACUGUUAACUUUGUCUUAAUGGAUUAUUUUUCUUUCGGAUAGUUUUAUCAGAUAAUGCUAUCGCAAAAUGCCAGUCCUACUUCUACGAGAAGUCUCCACUACAUCCCUGUCAACACUAGUAGAAAAGGCACAAAGGAAGUCCCCGCCUCUACUAGAAUACGACUUGCAGCUCAAUAAUUGCCACUUGAAUUUAAUUCUACUAUCCAAACCGGAUAGAAAAAUAAAUUCAACGUCACCAGAUGAAGGAUUCGAAUCCGAUAUAGAUAGUUUAUCCAUAGUAUCUAGUGACAACGAUAGUUUUACCACAGAAAAAUUAACGGAGGGCGAAAGCAAACCGAAUACUGAGACUGAUUCUGCCAACGGCUCCUCAAGUAGUGAUUCUGAUAUCGAAACACCAGAUGCCAAGGUUUUCGAACCACAAGCAAAGAAGCAAGAGUUGUUGGAAAAAGAAAGUUUUAAUCUAGUCGAUUGCAUAUGUUACACUGAUGUCAAAUGCACCAAUAUACUGAUUUUUGUUAUUAAAAAUGAAGCGUUAGUAUUUGCUUUUGAUAAUGUUGGACAUCUGAAAAAUUUUUAUACAAAUUUUACGACUUUGAAAGCGGUGGCAAAUCAAAAAGCUUAUGGGACUAAUUUGAACACUCGGUUUAAUUUACUUCAGAGAACUGAUCAGAAUGGAGUAACUCAUAUAGAAAUUACAAGAGAAGCAGAAAACAGAACAUUGAAGCAAGAAGUACAUACCGGCAUAGAUGAUGUUACUACUCCAGUGAAUAUAAUUGAGAACGUGUCAAAAAACAAGUUCAAAGAUGUGAAUUCAAGACAAAGAGUAGAAAGUCAACUAAUCAACGACAUUAAAUACAACACUAUUAAUUCGAAACUAGGUCCAAAAGCUAAAAUAGAGACCAAGUCCAAUUCUAUAGAGAACAUCUUACAUUUAGACAACAGUAAAUCAAAUCUAGUCAAAGAUGAAACUAAAUUGAAGAAGGUUUGGAAUAGUGCGGAAGAUCUUUUGGAACCCCCUAAACGACCACAGCGUCGAAGGAAAGGUAGAGCUCCUCAACCACCUAUUAUUCAAGAAAAACAAGAUAUUUAUAGCGGCCAAUUUGUGAGAGUGAGCGUGAGCUUCGAUCCAGUUAAAAAUUUAGAUAAAAAUAGGCUGAUUAUAAAAAGUUCCCUAAACGAACCGCAUCCUAAGAAAUUACAGAAUUUCAACAUAUUGGGAAAACCGAGUAUAACUUCUAUUCUAAGGCCUAAAGAGAAGGAGAUACUCAAGUAUGAAUCGAAAAAAUUAGACAGUACAUCAAAUCGAGGCAAAGUUUUUGAUGGAUGGACUAAUUCAAUGCCAAGAUUGUUGAAGAAACCAAGAAGUAGAUCAGAAACCAGAAACUUUAUACCUAUGGCUUACCGGUACAUAGACACAACUCAAGAUUACCCUCCAUCUUACACUACCAAUUUAAUAGAAAGAGGGGAUGCUCAUUUCUCAGCGCACAGUCCAAACCUAUCUUUAUCCAAUUAUUUAAGAGGUGAAAAAUAUGCUCAAAAUAUUAACAAUCGACUUUUUGGGCUAAGUCCUAAACUAAGAGAGUUUGCGGACGAGGGAACUGAUAAAGUAGAUGGAAAAUGGAGUAUUAGUGACAGAAAUAUCAUAGUAAAUAAAGAUAAUAAUUUGAAAAGUGUAAUCAAAGUCAAUAAAGAUGAAAAUAAUAAGAAGAAAAAUGAUAAAAAGGUAACUUUUAGUGCAUAUACUACGGUACAAGUUGUAUGAGUAGUUUUUUGCAAAUUAUUGAUGAAUAUCCUCAAGGAUAUAAAAGGAAUUCAGCUAGAAUUGAAUAUAAAGACAUUUUUACUUCAUCAUACCGCAAAUAUUAACCUUAAAAGCCAUAAAUAUAUGCUUCCACUUGAACCUGAUUUAAAUUAGGCAGAUUAAAUCUGCCAUAUAGUUAGCGAAUGUAACAUGAUAACGUCACGUAUUUACACUUGCUCAAUAGUAGUGCACUGCUACGAAACUGAUCAAAGUUAUAUGAAUAAUUCCUACAUGUUGAAGAAUAAUAUAAAAUUUCCUAGUUGUUGUCUCCUACAGAUGAUGCCAUAUUUGAAAUAUAAAAAGAAAUAGUCAAAAAUGGUUAAUUUUUUAUGUAAUACUCGUAAACACAACCAACAGCAGCAGUUUCCCAGCAAAGUUCACCAUAUUGAUGAACUUAUAUGUAGACCUGAAAAGUUAUUGUUUAUAAUAUACAUUAUUUUUCCUUCAAUUUAUUAAUUCCUAGAACUUUAAUUAUAAGUUUUUUUUGUUGAAUCGUCUUUAUUUUAGGUCUUUUUCAAUUGUAAAGGCUGUUUUAAUAGAUAUUACUCUCGAAGUUUUGAUUUAUCAGUAAUAUAUUAUUCUAGAUGCCAAUAAAAAACCAAUUUUAUCAUCAUUUGAAGUAAAUGGAGACAUUCUAUAGAAUGUUUUUAAAUGUGAAUUUUUGCCAGAUAUGUUUACCCCAAUUGAACAUAACACUUUUUUCCUUUUUGUACUACUACCACAAGGAUACUAAUAUUUUACCUGGCGGUGCAUGUGAAUUGCUUACCAAAAUUCAGUUUUUGACAUCAUUCAAACUCUCCCACACAACCACGAAAAUGACAAAAAGACGCAACUUCGAAAGUACUGGUUCUUAACGCAUACAACCUUGACUUAAUAACAUGAUCUUCCAAUUGUGUCAAUUUAGAACAAACUGUUAAACGAUCAGGCAGCAAAAUUUUUUGAGGAUGGUAACAAAUAUCUAUUACCAAAACUUGACAACUGUUCAGAUGUUAGUCGAGACUAUGUUGCAAAAUGUUCAUAUUCCAGUUUGACAUACAUACAGUUAAAAAACAGUGGUUUGGAGUGUCAUCUCUUGAUUUGUUCGAAAAUGCAGUGAACAAAACAAGAAUUAACCGAUUAAAAUUAGUAACCCACUUCUUAAAUUUAACAAAAUUGAUUGUUGUGGCAAAGAAUCCAGUGCAAAUGAGUUAGAGGAAAAACCAAAAAUAAUAGUUUUCAUUUUAUAUGAAUUAAAACAGAUUGUUGGAGGAAAUUAUAUUAGUGAAACCAGUCUUUUCUUGUUGUUUUUGUUUUUACUUGCUCCAAAUCAAGAUCUCUACAUUAUUGGGAAUCUAAAAUAUAAAUUCCUCACGUGAUAUCCUCACGUGAAUAUUGAAUGAUUUGUCACCCAAAUAAUUUCCAAUAAAAAUUCUUUAGUAUCAAUAUACUGGUAGUUCAUAAAAUUUGUGUGACUAGCCCAAUGUAAACCUCAUAAAACAUGUUUUAUUAGAUUUACAUGAAUGUAGAAGCUGUAUUUGUUUUUAUCAUCAUAUUGUAUUAACUACUUUAAUUUUUAUUUGUUUAAAAAUAAAAAUUGAAACGUACAAAAAUACAACUGAACCUUGCCGCGUGAUUGAAAGUCUGUAGUUUCAACCACCAAGUUUAUUGAGAACGAUUAAACAUAUAGUUGAAUCAGAUCAAUACCGUCAUAAAGUAAAUUGAUAUAUACUAGUCUUUCUCUAUAUUUGAUAUAGUUUUAAUAAAUCAUCAUAUACUUUACUUUGGAAUAUAUAUCAAUGUAUGCAGUUAUCGAACAAAAACCGAUGUUUCGUGUGGUAUAACCAAUAAACCAACAAGAUUAUACAGUACCAAGAUAUAAAACGAGCAUAGGUGACAAACAAAUACAUUUUCGCACAAAAAAUAAUACAUAUUUCUUCCUAUAAUAAUAUCAGAAACAAAGAAUUGGGGAAUACGUAGAAAGCACAAAGCUAAAAUAGAAGACAUUGUAAUGGGCUACAAAAUAAAUCGAUUAAUAUCAGGGUAAACGUCAAUAAUUGUUAAAGAUAAUAAUUGAGGAAGUGAACUAAGGGAAGCAAUGGAUUUACCCCAUAGAGGAUUAAAUAAAGAAAGAACUCUGGAGAAUACUAUAAUGAAAAGGACAUAAACAUAUGAAAAGAAAUAUGGAGUCUCAGCCCGACGAUUUAAAAAACAUAAAGCCAAUAAGAAAAUGAGGGUUCCUUAUAUUUUUAUGUGUAAAACGGGAUAUUACUAAUAUUAAAAAGUUUUUGUGGUUAGAAACGGUUGAAAAUACUUCCGAUAUAUAGGUACAAUUUAAUGUAGUACUGAGUAUAGUAUAUAUUGGUCUUAAGAGAUCGAAAUAAUAUACAAAUUUUUAUUCUGGUCAGAUAAUAAAUGAGAACUAAGUGCUUGAUAUUUAAUAACACUUGACACACAUGAAAUUUGUGAGAUAACUAAUCACAACAACUUGUACCUAGUGUAAACUAACAUCAAUGUACGAUAGUCGAUGUUAAAUAUAUUUAGAAGUUUGAGAGCAUUUUGAAACCAAAAAUUGUUGUUAUUCUAUAAAAAUAGUAGAUGCUGUUAGUAUUGCAUUUUCUUCCGAUCAAUAUGAGAGGAAUAUACAGAUAGCGAAUGUUUUGAAAUUGAAUAAAGAAGUAUAUAAAUAACAACAUAACGAUGUACCAUCCUUCAUCAAUGAAUUCUACCUCCUAAGAUCUCGUGACGGGCAACUGCAGCUCGUUGUCGUCUUCAAAACAACGUGAUGUUAAUCAGCUCUUUAUUCUCGCAAAUAAGUGAAAAACAUUAGGCGAAUGAUCAAUUAAGGAUUUCUCGGGAAUGGUUUACCUUGUAAGUUCGGAAUUUACAAUGCAAAAACUUUCUUCGGCAGUUAAUUAGAACUGCUCUCCUAUAGCUGCUAAGUUUGACAGUACUAUUCCGAAAUUAUUGUGACACCACAUUCGAGAAAAUGAAUUUGAAGUAUCAAGUGAUCAUUCUAAAAGACAACGCCAUAAUUUAUUCCUUUCAAUUGCCACGUUCUUUCAGUACCGUAUACUGAUAUAAGGUUCAAACGGCACGAGCCUCAUGAGAUUUAACGAAAUCCAGCGACAGUUACUCAUUUACUUUUGCUUAUUUUGAUAUGUACUGAAUUCUAUCUGAAUAAAUCUGCAAAAUCUCAUAAAUAUCGAUGCUUGGGUUUUGUUUUAUAAUGUGAGCCUACAAAUUUUGUAAAAUAUUCUUCCAUGAAUGCCAUAUUAUGACGAUUAUGAUGUUGAUGAAUAUGAUCAAUAAAAUACUCAGGACUGAAUUACCAACAAGAUCACCAGAUUUGAUAUAUGGCAAGUAGAAUAUACUGUUAGAUCAACCUGCAGUUUUAUCAAGAAAAAAGUAGUGAUCUUAAGCAUCCUUUCUAUCUAGCAUCUAUCUCGCAAUUCAGUUGUACACGUUUGUCUCGUUAACUGUUCCGAUUCGAUCUAUCAGCCAAUGAAGGUGAUAAGAAAAACUAAGUUGCCUCAUAAGAUUCAACUAAACUUAGUGAGAUUGAAGUUACUCAUUUACUUUUGCCUAAUUGAAUUCUAUCUAAAUCAAUCUGCAAAAUCUCAUAACUUUCGACGCUUGGAUUUUGUCUUAGAAUGUGAACCCACAAAUUUUGUGAAAUAUUCUUCCGUAAAAGUCAUAUUAUGAUGACGAUGUUGAUGAAUAUGAUCAAUAACAUACUCAGGUGUUAUUGAUCUGUUAAGAUUCGAUUUAUUAGAGAAUGCAGGUGUAUAAAAAUAUCGAAGUUGCCUCCGUUCGCUCAGCUUUCUUCAUUUUAGGACAAUCUUUUCCAACUCUGUGAUGGUUUUUUUAUAAUCUUUCGAUAUUUUUGAAUUACAUUAUUUCUAUUCACUUCACACACAUGCUAAUAAUUUUUUUCAACUAGAAUAAUUUUAAUAUCGAAAAAACUGGUAGCGAAUACAUGUUUCACUUUGUUGGGACGUCGAAUAAUUACUAAUUACUUUCUUAUUAACCUUUGUAUAAUAAUUUCAGUGGGAUUCAAAUAUUUUUUAUCACGUUCUGUAGUAACAUUUUCCACGUCCUCUUAUUACCGUAAUGGUCAGUGAUGUAACUAAUUUAACCAAUACAAACAACUGAAUGAGUAGUUGAACUGAAGAAUGAAAGCAACUACAUACUCUAAAAAGUUUAACACAUUUUAAAAAAAUGAUUCUGACCUACAAAAACCAUAAAAUAUUCUUUUAAUCUACCGAAGCUGUAGAGUUGAAUUUUCACUAGUAAAUAGCUCCACUACUAUGUUACAAUGUUAUUUCCAAUAAACGUCAAAAAAUUUGAUCCGUCACGGGUCGACUAUAGGGAAUAAUCCACUCAUUUCAUCUAAUCCAACGUUUAUUCUGCAUCAUAUUACAUAACUCGAUGCUUUUUUAUAAAACACAAAAUACACAAACUAGUAUCUAUAGAAUUACAGUAAGUAAACAUUAUUACAUUACGUAAUUUCACAAAUAUUUUCUUCACGUAGGAUGAAUUUUCAAUUAGUUUGUUUAAUAAAAAUAGAAUUAUACGACAUAUAUGUUUGGUUUUAAAAAGCUCUUAAAUAUCAAUAAAACUCAUAGGUAUUUAACAUGAAUGUUCAAAUGUGCAAGGUUAACAUGUUAGAGAUUACAUAAUUAUAUAAGAAUGGAGAUUUGAAAAUGUAUAGUUAUACUUGUAUAUUAUAUAUUACGUAAUUGUAUAUAUGUAAAAACUUUAUUCAAUAUUAUAUUUCGUGUCGAAA